UUUGUUUGCAAUUUCGUGGUAACGUUAAACGCGACGUGUGUUGAAGCGAACGCGUUUGAUAUCAGUUGCACAGUCGCUCUGGUCGUGUUCGGACGUAUACACCAGGCGGCGCACUCGUAUACUUUUUUUAAACAUCAAACGAGCAACUCCUUAGCUUCUAUAUUAACAAUUUCGUACGACACAACCGUGUUUAUUUUGCAAUAAAGUUUCGCGUGGUACAGAAGGUUGCCGGACGGACAGUGUUGAGAAAUUAGAUUCGCUUUCGGACAUGCGAGUUGUAUAAUUCGUACGUCGAGGAUACAAGUGUCGAUUAUCCAAGUGAUGUGGUAACAGACCUCGCGAUGUUGUCUAUGGAGUCGUUAUGGUGUUCCUCGGAGAGCGAGCUGUCGAGUCUAAAGAUUGCAAAGACAGCUGAAAGACCGGAAUACAGAUUCUCAAGACGACGAUCUUCUAAGAGUUUAAUACCGCAGGCAUUAUUGCACUGUCCGGAGCCACAACCAAGAGCUCAUCGUAGACGAAGAUCUGGCACUUGGCCGAGGACCAGAUCUCUGAACGCACCAUCUCCCAUCCAGCAGUUUGGACCAUGUGGCAGGAUAAUGAAGAACUCGGCAAUGGUUAUGCAAAUCCAGGACCCGGCGUCGCAACGGCUGACCUGGUACAAACCGCCACUGACGGUGCUCGUCAUCAAGAAGGUGCACGAUGCCAGUAUACUGGCAUCCUUCGUGCAGCUCGUUCACUGGCUCGUUCAUGACAAAAGUAUGGUAGUGUUCGUGGAGGCGGCGGUUCUAGAUGACACAUUAUUGGCUGAGUACGGAGACUUCGCGUCAGUACGGGAGCGGCUGAUGACAUUCCGCGCUGGCACUGACGACCUCACUGACAAAAUCGACUUCAUCAUCUGCCUCGGAGGUGAUGGCACGCUGCUGCAUGCUAGCUCACUCUUUCAGCAAUCCGUCCCUCCAGUGAUGGCUUUCCACCUGGGUUCUCUCGGGUUUCUGACGCCUUUCGAAUUCAACAAUUUCCAAGACCAAGUUAUGAAUGUGCUAGAAGGUCAUGCCGCAUUAACGUUGCGGUCACGUUUGCAAUGCGUGGUGCUGCGGAAGACGAGUAGCGAAGAUAAGAAUAAGAAGAAGCCGACCACUAUCUUGGUGCUGAACGAGGUGGUGGUCGACCGCGGACCCUCACCAUACCUCUCCAACAUCGAUCUGUUCCUCGACGGCAAACAUAUCACCUCUGUACAGGGCGACGGUCUGAUAGUAUCAACACCGACGGGCAGUACGGCAUACGCGGUGGCUGCCGGCGCCAGCAUGAUACAUCCCUCUGUACCCGCCAUCAUGGUGACCCCCAUCUGCCCACACUCACUCUCCUUCCGACCCAUUGUGGUACCCGCUGGAGUAGAACUCAAGAUAACUCCUAGCGUAGAGGCGCGUAAUGUCGCCUGCGUUUCAUUCGACGGUCGCUCGCAGUUGACGCUUAGACCAGGCGAUAGCCUAUACGUGACCACAUCAGUAUACCCUGUGCCGUCGAUAUGCGCACAGGAUCAAAUCUCCGACUGGUUCGACUCACUGGCUGAAUGUCUGCACUGGAACGUACGGAAGAAGCAGAAGCAAAUCGACGAGCUAAGUGACAUGACUCAUUCCUCCAGCGAUACAAUCGAGGAACUGGACGCCAACCAUCACGAUGACAGGCCCGCGGACACGUGACCACACCAUAGACAAUAUUUGCAUGGACGAUUGAUAGAUUGGGGGAUUUGUCUAUGGCCUUAAUAACGGUAUAAUGGCAAUAAUAUCUAUUUAAUAAGACACAGCUCGAAUUUGUGUCAAAAAUAAAUGAUGCUACCUUUCAAUAAAAUAAGGCUCAAUGGAUAUUAAUUUCUAUGGCUUUCCAUGGUUAAUAAUUUGAUUUUUAUCCUAUAUUUAUAAUUGUUACUUUAAGUAUCAACUAGUUAACGACGAUUAUGAAUGAAAUAUAAAUUUGACAUCAAAUUGAUUCUAUAAUUUAGACUGCACAAUUAAUUUUAUUAUAUAAAAUUUAAGUUAUAUACUAAUUUAUACAUAAUUUUAAUGCUUACGUUGUAUUAUCUUGAUAUGAAGACAAAAAGUUUAAGUUUUUAAUAAAAUUUCAUCAAAAGAAAAAUUAUUUACAUUUGUUUCAAUCUGUUCAUAAUCGUCUUGAUAUAAUAAUAUUUAUAGUACAUGUAUUAAAAAGCUGUUAAAUCCUGAUUGGUUUUAUGUCUUUGGGUGUUUGUGAUUUAUGGUUAAGAGAACUUUUUUAUUGUUGGAAUGAAAUUGUACACACACCUUCUGUGUUCCCGAUUUUCUUGACAUUCCCUUAAAAAAAUAUAAGAUUUUUAUAAUCUAAAAUUGUAAGCAGACCUUAUUGAAAGUCUGUGACUUAUAUGGAUAAGGCUGAAUAUCCAAUUUUUUAAAUCGGAAAGUGGCCAUAAUUAUUGCGUGGCA